UUGAGCAACGCCGCCUGCUGCUGUCAGUUGUGAGCUAACAGUGUUGACCCAACAUGGCUGACGAAAUAGCGAAAGCUCAGUUGGCCCAGCCGGGCGGAGACACAAUAUUUGGUAAGAUCGUACGCAAGGAAAUCCCUGCAAAGUUAAUUUACGAGGAUGAUCAGUGUGUGGCCUUCCCGGACAUUUCCCCUCAAGCACCCACUCACAUUUUGGUGGUACCCAAGAAGCCAAUAGUCCAACUGUCCAAAGCGCAGGAUAGCGAUGCUGCUUUGUUGGGCCACUUGCUGAUUGUGGCCAAGAAGUGUGCCGAGCAGGCGGGCCUGUCCAAAGGCUACAGGAUCGUCAUCAACGACGGGCCGGAUGGAGGCCAGUCGGUUUACCACAUCCACAUCCACGUCCUGGGGGGGCGCGGCAUGCAGUGGCCACCCGGCUAGCGCCCCGACACACUUGCAAUGUCGUUUACUGUGGAUGAAGAGAGCUUGUCAUGUGACCGAGUCAGUCAAAAUCUGGAGCUUCAUCGGUGGUAAUAAAAUGUGUAUUACUCAGAGGGUGUGUUGUUUUCCUUA